AUAUAUAGAAGAGAAAUGCUGUGAGUUUAAGUUUAUGGGAAUGGAAGAAUCAUAAAAUACCUUACAUCAUUAAAGAAUCUGAUUUCAGUGCUUCGGCUUUGAGUCUGAUCAAAGAGGCAAUAGCCACAUUUAACAGAGAAGUAGCUUGCAUAAGCUGGACACCACGAAAGAAUGAACCAGACUUUGUUAGAAUUAGAUCUGGGGCAGGAUGUGUUUCUUCCAUUGGUCGAGAUGGUGGAAUGCAAGAUUUGUAUCUCGGUUCAAACUGUUACUACAAGGGUGUAGUCCUACAUGAGAUGAACCAUGCCACUGGGUUCUACCAUGAACAGAGUCGACCAGAUAGAGAUAAAUACGUCCAAGUUAACUGGGACAAUAUACAAUCUGAUAAACGUCUAGAUUUUAAAAAGGAAACACAGUACAUAGAUACUCUCGGAGCUCCAUAUGAUUACGGAAGUAUCAUGCAUUAUGGGAAAGAUACGUUUUCGGCCAACGGAAAGCCAACAUUAAUACCACUUUUUGAUCCAAAAGGAACUAUGGGACAACGAACAGAUUUGAGUAUGGUGGAUAUUUGGAAAAUAAACAAAUUAUAUAAGUGCACCGGAAUAAAACCUCCAAUUCCUAAAUGGAUGAUUGGAUUGUCUACCCUACCUGGUACCACCACUACAGAAAAGUCGUCGCUUAUGUCGACGACUAGUGCGUUAAGUUCAACAUCAUCCACAGCAGCAACUACAACAAACACGAACUGUUUAGAAAACUUAACGGUACCCAAAGGACUUCCUGGAAGACCACAGAUGGCCCAGGUAUUUGCCUUCCCUUCAGCUCUCCGUGUGUCGUGGGAGCCACCAUGUACAUCCGUGGAAGUAACAGGAUAUAAUCUGGUUUACUGGAACUCUGCUGGCAGAAAGAUAUCAAUUACACUUCCCCCAACCAAGUUAACACAUUACAUUGGUACAGUUCUUCAUAAAGGUCAGAGGUACAAAAUUAGUAUGGCAGCCAUCAGCAAAAUUGGUAUGGGUCCAAGGACAGAACAAUUAUCAACUUAUUCAGCAUGUGGAAAUGACGUAUUUUUACGGGGCAAUGAAACAUAUGACAGAAUAUAUAGCCCACAUUUCUCCCAGGGUUACUAUGAGCCGGAUGUUGCUUGUCAUUGGACAGUAUCCGUUCCACAAGGUCAGAGAUUAAAAAUAACCUUCGACAGUGUUAACCUUGGAAGCGGCCUUUGUAAUUACGACUUCCUGAAGAUUAAUGGUGUUAAUUACUGCACGCCUCCAAACAAAUACAUUUUAUCUAAGACGGAUACAGUCGAUAUAAUAUUUUACUCAACACCCGGAGAUGGCAAAAAACCUGGUGGGUUCCAUCUUAUUGCUGAAGUUGAAGCAAGGACAAUAAGAAAAUCCAUUUUUCCAGAUAACAGUCCAAGAAACAUUUCUGUUAAAACGAACAUCCCAGGACUUUUUGUUGUAACCUGGAUACCACCUGAAGACAGAGACCAGUCUACGUAUAAAUACAGAAUAAAAUAUAGAGUGUAUCCCGAGAUAGACCAACAGGUAGUGACACUACCUGGCCACCGUACUUUUUGGCCCAUUAGGACACAGUCUCAUUAUGGGAGGAUAUAUGAAGUUGAACUGAUGACUGAAAUAAAUGAAAAGGAUGGUAUCUCUAAAUCAAUUCUGAUAAGAACAGCUUGCGGUGGAAAUAUAACUGUUGACGGACCAGGUUGGAUAACAAACCCACCUUCCUUUGGAUCGUAUGAGAGAGAUGUCAUUUGUCGUUGGAACUUCUCAGGAAAAGAUGGGAAACAUAUAAUAUUUAUAAUAACUAAACUGAACCUUGAGCCUUCGAGUGGUUGUCAGAAUGAUUUUGUGGCAGUUGGAAAUUCCGGUCGAUUCUGCGCACAAGACCAGAAUGGUACAACUAUAACUACAGGGGAAAAUGAAAUGACAGUUUUGUUUACUUCAAAUAUGGAGGAUGAGAGAACAGGGUUUGAGUUGCAAUAUAAUAUUCUAUAAAAUUGUGUAAUGCUUUGAUGUAUAUUGAUCCAUCAUGUAAAAGUGUAGAACAAUUAUUUAAUUCAUUGCUCACAUUUCACUAGGCAAAUAUAUGUUCUAUAGUUUUA